AUGUGCCAAAGGGUGGAAGAUCUGUUGGAGGCUUGCGAUAAGCGGAAUUUAUCGAUCAGUGUGGCGAAGGGUUUCUGGGGCAUGGAUAAGGUAGGAUAUCUGGGACACCGCGUGUCAAUCGGAGGUCUGGAGGCGAACCCAAAAGAUCUGAAAUCGCUGACCGAUCUGCCAUUCCCCGGAUCACUGCGAUCUAUGCAGUCGUUCCUGGGCAGUCUGAAUUAUUACAGCCGAUUCAUCGAAGAUUACGCUAUCUAUGCCUCGGUACUCUACGAAUUACGUGAGGUGGAUUUUGCAGAACUGGAGAAACGAUCGGAUCUGAGGGAGAUCAUGGGCCGGAACGAUCCGAUUCCUCGAGAUCACGGCCCACCGGAACUGAAGUUGACGGAACCAGUGGAUGAG